AUGAGGCCUGUGUCAGCCGCGGAUUGUGGUGCACAUUUAUUUCGAGGGUCGAGGCGUACACAUCUUGGGAACCGAGGCCGACUGAAGAUGGACGAUGAAAGCCAGAUCGCAGAGAAGCGAAGGAUCAGAGCCGAGAAGAAAGCCGAGAGAAAGCAGCAUGCUGCCAACCUAGACCCGACAGUCUCAGCAAGCACAAAUCCUAUCCACGAUCCUCAAAAGGCUCGUCAAUCUUACAAACUCAGAGAAAUGAAAUCGGUCGCUCCUGGAACUAUGGACCAAUCGGCUGGCAAUCAAAGUGCAAAAUCGGUCAAGAUUAUGACUUGGAAUAUUCUAGCACAAUGUCUCGUUCGAAGGACUUUAUUCCCCGGAAGUGAUUGUCUGAAAUGGAAAGAUAGGGGGCCAGCAAUUACCCAAGAGAUUGUCGAUUACGAACCCGAUGUGAUCUGUCUCCAGGAAGUGGAUCGUCUAGCAGAUCACCAAACGGUGCUCUGCGCAGCGGGAUACGAAGUACUGCACGUGAUUGGUGGAUACGAAGAAGAUGGAAAGCAGCACGGAUUGUUGAUUGGAUGGAAACAGGACUUGCUUCACUUGGUUGAUCAGAAGGUGAUCAGGUUCGACGAACAGGAGUUCAAGUCGCGUGUGGGCCUGAGUAGGGCAACCAGGAACGUCGGACUGAUCGCCGGGCUAGCUUUUAAACAUCACCCUGGGGGCUUGGUCAUCGGUACAGCCCAUCUGUUUUGGCACUCCCGGUAUUCAUACGAACGCACUCGUCAAACGGCCUUCCUCGCCAAGGCCCUCGGCGAAUUUGAGAUCCAGGAUCGGGAUACAACCCACUGGCCUGUCUUCUUAGCAGGUGACUUGAACGAACAGCCUGGUGGACCCUCUUAUCGACUACUAUCUGGCGCUGCCCUUCCAGAGAAAGAACAACUCAUUUUGAAGGAAUCGACCCUAAUACAUAAAUCAGCUGAUCAUCUACUCAACAAGAAAACAAACGAGACUUACGUGACUUUCGAGGGAGAUGAAGACCGGGUCUUCAAAGACGUCAGACCGAGUCGAGUGGAAGAUGGCCUAUUCGACAUUCAUGAAUUGAAGGAGCUGUUUGGCUCACGUCGUUGGUUGAGUCUUUAUGGGAAUUGGGCAGAGAAGAUGUCCGGUGAACAGGAUAACUGGUUCAAGGAUAGGCCUGAAUUCAAAGACCAAGGAGAGAAAGCACAGGCGACACCUUGUCCAGACGAACUAGGAUCUGGGCAAUACGAGCCAAUGUGGACAAAUUUUACACCUCUCUGGAGAUGCACGCUCGACUAUAUAUGGGUUCUUUGUAAAGGAAUCAAUUCGAUCAGUAACAUCGAAGUCCGCGCACUCUUGCCCACUCAUCGGACUGAGACUCUUGAGCCUGGCCUUCCACGCCUAGGUGUCGAGCCUUCUGAUCACAUCGCACUAAUGGCAGAAGUCAUCAUCCCAUGCCUGUAAAAUUUCCUUUGUUUUCGGCACGUCGGUUGGGUUGUAUAUGCGUAUUGUAUUGGCGAAGUUAGAUUCACAAAUUCUGCGAUAUUCUCAGGAACCACCAAACUUGAAUCGAUUUUUUUUUUCGUGUACCUAGGGCACGUCAGCAUUUUUUUUUUCUUGUUAUCUUACACUUGUUCAUUCAUAUUAAUGAUUCCUGUCAACCAAGUGCAAUUGUCAUUUUCUUCCUACGAUCAAUAUGAUUAUAUUCGCUACUGUGACCACAAAUUUGUUAACUUGGAAGUGGUUCAAGUCGACACAUGAUGUCUCAAAUUCUAAGCAGCUU